CAAAUGAUGGUGCGUAUUAGUUACUUCAAAAGGGUAUUUCCGUAAUUUCCUCCUUCCCCAUCUCUCCCUGUUCCCUGCAGGAGCCUGUGGCUAAUCUUGUCUUCCAAAGAAACCACUUCACACACUAAACUAAACUCUCACAAAUCUAUCUUCUCACACUACAUUUUUCAAACCCUAUACAAACUUUUCCACAAUCUCUUUACUAAUCUUUCAACAGUUUCAUCUCUAUCUUCUUCACACACACACAAACACCUUCACUGUGUGUGAUUUAACUCAUAUUUAAUCCAACCCACAUGGUGUUAUUGUAGAUUUGUAGGCAUAACCAUGAACUUGAAGAAACUUGUUCCAAUCUCAGAUCACUUCCCAUACUUUUCAUUUCCAAAAAAGAAGGUAGUUUCUGGAUUUGGUUUAGGAUUUGUGUCCUUUUUUAUUUUUUUAUGUGUUGUCUUCUUUAAUGUUUCUUUCAAGAAUCCUAUUCUAAACAACUCUUUGUUUCAAGGGUUGAGUGUUAAGAAUGAGACCUCUGUGUUUUCUUGGUCCUUUUCUUUUGCUAGAAUCCCCUCUAUCAAUUCCACUUCUGUUCAAAACCCCCUUGAAAAACCUAUAAUUGAUGUGAAAAAUGGUAACUUUAGUGGAAAAAAAGUUGAUUUUGAGGGUACCCAUUUGAGCAAUUUCACUAAUGAUGUGAAAAAUGGAAGCUUUGAUUCAAAUUCUGAGAAAAAAACUGAUUUAAAUGAUACCCAUUUGAGUAAUUUCACAAGUGAUGUGAAAAAUGGAAGCUUUGAUGCGGUUUUCAAGAAUCAUAGUGGUUCUUAUGAAGAGUGUGAUAUUUUUAAUGGUAGAUGGGUUAGGGAUGACACAAAACCGCUAUAUCGGGCCGGGUCGUGCCCGUAUAUCGAUCGGGAUUUUGAUUGUCAUCUUAAUAAGAGGCCAGAUGAUGAAUAUGUGAAAUGGAAAUGGCAGCCAUUUGGAUGCGAGAUCCCCAGUUUAAAUGCAACAGAUUUUCUGGAGAGGCUGAGAGGGAAGAAGUUGGUUUUUGUAGGGGACUCGUUAAACCGCAACAUGUGGGAGUCUUUGGUUUGCAUAUUAAGAGAGUCUGUCACAAACAAAAGUAGAGUUUACGAGAUAUCUGGUAGGCAUGAGUUCAAGAAAAAGGGAUUUUAUGCUUUCAGAUUCGAGGACUACGACUGUACGAUUGAUUUUGUGGGCUCUCCAUUUCUUGUCAGAGAAUCGUCUAUCAAUGGCAAAAACGGUUCAAUUGAGACAUUAAGAUUAGAUUUAAUGGACAAAACAACUUCAAUGUACCAUGAUGCUGAUGUUUUGGUAUUCAACACGGGACAUUGGUGGACCCAUGAGAAAACCUCUCGAGGAGAAAAUUAUUACCAAGAAGGUGAUCAUGUGUACCCGAGGCUCAAGGUUCUUGAUGCAUACAAAAGGGCGCUUGCAACGUGGGCCCGAUGGGUAGAUGAGAACAUCGACAUCAAUAAAACACAGGUUAUCUUCAGAGGCUACUCGGUCACCCAUUUUAAAGGAGGGCAAUGGAAUUCGGGUGGAAAAUGUCACAAAGAAACCGAGCCAAUUUUCAACACGCGUCACCUAACCAAAUACCCUACAAAGAUGAGGGCUUUCGACAACGUGCUCAAAGAGAUGAAAAAUCCCGUCAUGUAUCUAAAUAUUAGUAGACUAACAGAUUACCGAAAAGAUGGACAUCCAUCGAUUUAUAGGAUGGAAUACAAGUCGGUUGAAGAACAAAUCGCAGCUGUACGGUCCCAAGAUUGUAGCCAUUGGUGCUUGCCCGGUGUGCCGGAUACUUGGAAUGAGUUGCUAUAUGCAUCUUUAUUGAAAGUGGGAAGGGGGUCAUGGAAAAUCUAAUGGAAAUACAUGAAGGUUUUUCUAUUUGGUUGAAAGAAUUAUGUUGACCAUAUGUAAGUUAUGAAGUUGUAGUUGACUUUUAUUAUGUAAUUUUAAAGUAGUUUUAUAUAUAUUUGGUGUUAUGUAACUUUUGUUAUGUUGACCAUAUAGAAGUGCCAUAUGCAUCUUUUGGAAA